AUGGCUUUCCGGCGUGCCUUGACGCUCAAGGCAGCGUCGUCUCCUUUGCUCUCGACGGCGGUUGUGCCCUCCAGGGCCGCUGCUGCUUGGUUUACCUCUAGCCGGGCUUCGUCCAGCUCGACCUCUGCGCUCGCCUACAAGGCGCUGCAUCGCCGUUCGCCUCUGCCGCUGCCCGUGGCUGAAUCUUCGCCUCAAUGGGAUGCUCCGGCAGCCGUGUCGUCCAUUCUCUACGAGACGCCCGUUCCUCCUACAAAUCCCCCGAAGCGGCACGUCCUGAACUGUCUGGUGCAGAAUGAGCCGGGAGUGCUGUCGCGCGUCUCGGGCAUUCUUGCCGCCCGUGGGUUCAACAUUGACAGCCUGGUCGUCUGCAACACCGAGGUUGAGGACCUCUCUCGCAUGACCAUCGUCCUUCGCGGCCAGAAUGGUGUGGUUGAGCAGGCCCGUCGCCAGCUUGACGAUCUCGUUCCCGUCUGGGCCGUGCUCGACUAUACCGACUCGGCUCUGGUGCAGCGUGAGCUUCUCCUGGCCAAGGUCAGUCUCCUGGGACCGGAGUUUUUCGAGGAGUUGCUUCAGCAUCACCGCGAGAUCACCGCUCCCGGAGAGCCUCUCGAUGGUCAGAAGGACUCCCAGGCGGCUGGCCCGGAACCCACCGAGUUCCACCCCCGCAAGCUGCCUCCCAGCCAGGCUUUGAGACAUAAGCACGAGCAUCUCGAUGCUAUCACCCAUCUGACCCACCAAUUUGGCGGCAAGGUCCUGGAUAUCAGCGUCAACAACUGCAUCGUCGAAGUUUCCGCCAAGCCUAGCCGUAUCGACUCCUUCCUCAAGCUGAUCGGCCCCUUCGGUAUCCUCGAGUCCACCCGUACAGGCUUGAUGGCCCUGCCGCGCUCUCCUCUCGACGAGGCCGGUGAAGAGCUGGAGAAGGAAGCCGCCGAUGUGGUCGAUGCCAGCACCCUCCCCCCUGGUUAA